AUGCAGCCCAUCAAUAUGCAAGCUCACAUGUUCCCGAUGGGUGAUCAAUUUUUCACCCAUCAUCCCCCAAAUGAACAGCAACCUGGAAUGGGUAUGAAUGGUCCUCAAGUAUUUUCACCGCAGCUGAAUCAGGCACGAUUACUUUCUCAACAACCGGGAAUAGUUCAGACAACACAAGGAAUGAGUAAUCCGCAAGAGCUACAGAAUCCGUAUAUGCUGAAACAAAAUAUGGAUUCUCAACUUUCACAGCAGCAAGCUUCAUUUCAGCACCAGCAUCAACACCAGCCCCAACAACAGAAUAUGAGUAUUAACGGACCCGUGGGCAUUUCAGCAGCAGCAGCAGCGGCAAACAGACCACCUGGAUUAAACAUUUUACGUCAAGGGGCGCCAGGAAUGAAUAGACCAGGAAACAGUCACAUGCCAAAACAGAAUUUAAAUAAUGCAGGAGGAGCCUCAUCUGUAGUUUUGCCACCUCCAAACCACCUUUUUAUUCGAGAAGUUUGGAAGAAUAAUCUAUAUGCAGAAUUCGCGACAAUAAGAAAACUUGCAAUGGAAUACAAUCAUAUAUCGGUAAGCACAGAAUUUGUGGGCACAAUCGCGAGGCCGAUCGGAAAUUUCAGAUCAAAAACAGACUACCAUUAUCAGACGAUGAGGUCAAACGUGGAUUUUUUGAAUCCCAUACAGAUUGGGGUAUCUAUGUGCGAUGCAAAUGGAAAUAAACCGGAGGAUGGACCCUCCACUUGGCAGUUCAACUUUCAUUUCGACGAAGGUCAAGAAAUGAUGUCCUCCGAGUCCUUUGAAUUGUUGCAGAAAUCUGGAAUUAACUUCGAUAAUCACCUAAACAAUGGCAUAGAUAUGUUUGAAUUUUCGCAGCUAAUGAUCGAUUCAGGUCUAUUAAUGGAUGAUAGUAUAACAUGGAUAACAUAUCAUGCAGCGUACGAUUUUGGUUUUCUAGUGAAUAUUCUCACAAAUAAUUGUAUGCCAAAUAAUAGGGAAGAUUUCGAAUGGUGGGUCCAUAGGUUUUUGCCGAAUUUUUAUGACCUUAAUUUAAUUUGCAAAGUUAUUCAAGACUUCAGACAGCAGCAGCAGCAGCAGCAACCACAGCAGCAGCAGCCACAACAACAACCACAGCAGUUCACACUAGCAUCUUUAGCGGAGGAUUUAGGUAUAUCGAGAUUCCCACUGUUUACUACGACAGCUGGACAAAGUUUAUUAACAUCUUUAGGUUUCUUUCAGUUAAGCAAACUUUCAAUGAAUAAGCUACCUAACGGAACAACUUUCGAAACUUACAGGAACCUAAUUUAUGGUAUCAACGGAGAGUAG